AUGGCCUACAGCUACUACCACGGCCUGGGCGGCCUGACCGUCGCCCUGACGGUUGUCGGCCUGUAUAUGCUCUUCAAUGGCGAGGGCGAGGCAUUCAACGUCGGCCUCUUCCUCGAAACCGUCUCCCCAUACGCUUUCGCAAACAUAGGCAUUGGACUGUGUGUUGGUCUAUCAGUCGUCGGCGCAGCAUGGGGUAUCUUCGUCACAGGCUCCUCCAUCAUCGGCGGCGGUGUUAGAGCUCCCAGGAUACGAACCAAGAAUUUGAUCUCCAUCAUCUUCUGCGAAGUCGUCGCCAUCUACGGCGUCAUCAUGUCCAUCGUCUUCUCCUCGAAACUCUCCUACGUCUCCGAAGAGAACCUCUACUCAGGCAGCAACCUGUACACCGGCUACGCUCUCUUCUGGGGCGGUCUCAUCGUCGGAUCCUGCAACCUCAUCUGUGGCGUUGCAGUCGGUAUCAACGGAAGUAGUGCUGCCUUGGCUGAUGCCGCUGAUUCCAGCUUAUUCGUCAAGAUCCUCGUCAUCGAGAUCUUCAGCUCUAUCCUCGGUCUUUUCGGUCUUAUUCUCGGUCUGCUUGUGGCCGGAAAGGCGAACGAAUUUAAGUGA